AAUAAAUGGAUGUUUGAAAAAAUGUGUGAGAGAGAGCGAAAGGGAGGAGGAGAACAGGGUGAGCUAAGGGAGGGGGAAAACGGCGUAUGCUUGUAUACAACAACCCUGAUUUCCAUUUUUUCCCCAACUCGUAAUGUAUUUAAUUCAAGUGAAACGUAAUCAUGACGUGUCCUGUCAUUAAUCCGCCCGCCGCCUCUCCCAGGACUAAAGGAGGUGGCCAUCAAAGCAGUGUGUCCCCCGUCUGCCAAGAAACUGAAGCAUGGCAUAGCAGUAAACACACGACUGAGAAUGGAUUCUCCUCCUGAAUGUGUGUUGGCUCUUUCGUGUGAGCUGCCCCAGUCACCCCCUACACUACCAUCGCUGGACCACAGUCCCCAGGCCUCUCCUCACUCUACCUCCCACCUCUCCCCUUCACACAGCCCCUUGGACCUGCCCCUAGCCCAUAGCCCCUCAGCCCUGUCCCAUACACCAGAACCCCUGUCGACCACCCCCUACUUCCCCCUUUCCUCCUUCCCCCUCAACCACCACGAUGAGGAAGAGGAGGAGGAUGAAGAGGAGCUGUCAGCCCCUCCGUCCCCCACCCCGGCCGUGGCUCUUUUCCCGGGGGGUCUUCCGGAGGUGUGUAGCCCCUCUCCGGAGAGCUCUCCUCCGGUCACUCCGACAUCAUCGGCCCCUCUCACCGGGUUCGGGGCCCUGGAGCUGGCACUGUCCUCCGGGCAGCAGGGUGCCACCUGUAGUGAUGAGCUAGACCUCCAGCUCUUCCAUAAGGACGGGGGGAGUCUGUUAGGGUCUCUGCCCGGGAGGAAGGGUGUUUCUAGGGGAGCGGCCGGACUCAAGUUCCCCUGUCUGGUUUGUGGGAAGAGAUUCCGCUUCCAGAGUAUCUUGUCGCUCCACGCCCGCGCUCACAGUCUGGACCGGGACCGCCGCGCCUCAGCUCUGUACCGCAACACCGGCACCAUGACCGGGAGCAUCAUUGGGACGGGGUCCACGGCGCAUCUCAAAGCCCACCAGAACCACAACGACGUGGGGCAGAACCACCACAGCCACCGCCAGAGUCCCCUGCUGUCUGUAUCUCUAACCCAGGGACUGAGAGGGGAGGAUGGGGAUGGGGAUGCUCUAGAGGAGGCUCUGCAGAUGGAUCACCAGACCCUCCAGCCGUUCCUAAUGGAUGAGAGCACACUGCUGAGCCCUCCGCUGACCGAGGAGGUGCCCCUCUCCCUCACCUCCCCCUACUCCUCUUCCUGCGGCCUGGGUGGCACGGGUCCUGCCAUCUUCGAAGAAGCCGCCCUGGCCACAGCGGCAGCACCCACAUUCCGCUGCCACGCCUGCAAGGGCAAAUUCCGCACAGCUUCGGAGCUGUCUCGUCACGUCCGCAUCCUCCACAACCCGUACAAGUGCACCCUGUGCUCCUUCUCCGCCAGCCAGGAAGAACGCCUGGCCGCACACCUCCACGACAGCCACCCCUCCCUGUCCCUCUCCCCCCCGGUGGAACUCCCCGCCCUGCCCCCCUACACCCCCAGACACCCCCCCAUCGUAACCACCACCACUACCAUCAUCCCCACCCCCAUCCCAGACACUCUCGUUCCCACCCCCACCCUGGCCCCAGGGGCUCCGCCUCUGCCGGCCUUCCGCUGUGAGACGUGCGGCCAGCGCUUCACCCAGUCCUGGUUCCUGAAGGGCCACAUGAGGAAGCACAAGGAUUCUCUGGACCACAAAUGUCAGGUGUGCGGCCGUGGCUUCAAGGAGCCUUGGUUCCUCAAGAACCACAUGAAGGUGCACCUCAACAAGCUGGGCCUGAAGGCGGGGCUGGGGGGGCUGCUGGCUCCUAUGGCCGGGGCUGAACAAAGAGGCCUCAAAGGCUCGGUCACCAGUCAGGGCCUUAACGCUCUCUACUCCAGCCUCUUGCUGGCUCGUGGUGGAGGGGGAAGAGGGGGACGAGCAAGGGCUGAGCGGGACGGUGCCGGAGUCUCUAGUAAAUCGGCCAUCUUGGGCUACCUGGGGUUGCCCAGCGAUGGUGGUGGCGGCGCCAGCUGCAUGGAGCGGCUGCAGGCCGUGGCUCAGGUGGCGGAGAUGGGGAAUGGGAGCGGAGGAGGAGGGGGAGGAGGAAACGGAGGAGGAGGAGAGACAGCGGCAGAUGGAGGGGACCAGAUAGCCAUGUGGCAGCUGGUAGCUCGUAGCCUAGUAGCAGCUCAACAGGCCCAGCAAGCCCAGCAGGCUCAGAGGCAGACACAGAGGACCCAGCAACUGCACCGAGCCCCAUCCAGGAGCUCCGUGGUGGGAGAGGCUGAGCAGGUCAGGGCCUACCUUGGAGGUCUGGAUCCCCGAGAGGAGCCUCCGUCCUCCGGAGCCCCAUGGGAGUGCCCCGACUGUGGGAAGCUGUUCCGGAGCCUGCAGCAGGUGGUGGCGCACGCCCGUGUCCACAUCCAGCGGCCCCAUAAGAACCACGGUCACCCCCCGCGCCACGCCGGAGGAGGAGAGGAGGAUGGAGGGGCGAGCCGGAGUGGGGGGGGACGAGGAGGUGGUGGGAGAGGAGGUAGUAGCGAGGGAAGACAGGAGUCCAAACUUCAAAGUGGACCUCAACAUCAGUCAGCAGCCGGUGGAGGGUUCCACUCAGUGAUGUCACAGUUCCAAGGAGAGAACGGUCUAUCUGGGUCAUCUUCAGGUUCGUCCGUGACUUCUAGGGAGCGUGUGCGAGGCACAGGGGUGAAAGACUGCCCCUAUUGCGGUAAAGCUUUCCGCUCGUCCCAUCACCUUAAAGUGCAUCUGAGAGUUCACACAGGGGAGAGACCGUAUAAAUGUCCCCACUGUGACUACGCGGGAACACAGUCAGGCUCUCUAAAGUACCACCUCCAGAGGCAUCACAGAGAACAGAGGAACGCCAUGGGGGCCUCUUCAUCCACCGCCUCCUCCCCCGGCCUCACUUCCGCCUCUCUGGGAGGUGGUGGAGGAGCACCACGGGGGGAGGGAAGGGAGGGGAUGGCCAAACAGCGCCGGCCCCAGAGCUUCACCCAUGGCUCAGCCGCCAGAACCCCGGCAGAGACCGCUUCCUCCAGGCACAACCAGCACCAGCCCUGGAUCCUGGGCCUUCCCGAGCAGAGAGACAGGGACCAUGGGAAGGCCAUGGGAGGACUGAGGGAGGCAGAUCUGGAGAGCCAGUACCGGUACCUAUCCGGGGUGAUGGGGGCGCUGUACCAGGGGGGGAUGGAGGGAGGGUGGACAGGGGAGUCCCCUACCCCCACCCCGCCCCCGCCAAAGGCACCCAAAGUGUCCCGCCGCAAACCACUCACCACCAGCCGCAUGGUGCCAGCUAAUGGGAGGGAGCGGAUGGGAGGGGGAUCAGCUCGGGGCACCCAGGAGGGAGGCUUGUUGUCCCAGCCCCUGGAUCUCUCCCGCCGCCCCUCCCCUGGGCUCGGAGGUCUGGAGGAGGAUGGAGUACCGGGAGGUGGUGGUGGAGGAGGAGGAGGAUCAGGGGUCACCCUUAACCAGUGCCUGUUCUGUCCCUUCCGUACCUGCUCAGCCGAGCUGAUGGCCAUGCACCUCCAGGUCAACCACACCAGCAAGUCCAGGCGUAAGAGGGGGGCCCACAACCCCAGCUCCCUGGGGGAACACGGGCCCCAGAGGCCACCCCAACCCCGGGCAGACCCAGACCCCCUAGCCCUGUGGAGGUACCUGAGCGAGAGUGAAGAGAGGGCCCCCCUCGAGGAAUGGGCCUCAUCCAGGGUGGAGAGGGAGAGAGGGAUGGAGAACGGCCUCACUCCAGAGGAAGUGGACCUAGAGGGCAGCUACAACCUCCACCACCCCCUGCAGGCUUCUAACCAGGCCUCCACCACACCCAGGAACACAAGGAGUGGCCUCGCUGGCCUGGGGCAGGAAGGCAAGGUGGAGGAGGAUGGGGAAGAGGAGGAAGAAGAGGAGGAAGGAGAAGAGGAGUAUUUGGAAAGGGAGAGCAGUAGUCCAGGGGAUUCCCCUAUAGAGCAUGGGAUGAGGAUGUCUCUCUCCAUGUCACCUGCCCUCGGCUCUGACCGUCUUACACGAGAGGAGGAAGCAGUGAUGGGAGACUAAACGGCAACAACAUCAUCCUGCAGAGAGAUGGGAAGAGGGAGUUCAACUAGACAGGGCAGAAGCUUAGGAGUCAAAUGUUGGGGGUCAUUAUAUCACUUCCUCGUUCUCUUACAUACAGCAGUUCAGGGUCAUUGUCAUGGUAAGUCCGCUGACAAGUAUAACUAAGGAUCACGGACUGAGAUGCACAUCCAUUGAGAGUGUUGUGUAAACAUCAUCUCUCCUAAGGAAGCCCAUUUAAAAAUCAUACAUUUCUCUCGUCUUUUAAUAUUUACAUCCCGGGAGUUCAGUGCAGUCCUCUUGAUUUUCUCAACCAACCACAACCCCCCUUGUACAUACAGACAGUGCAGUGUGAAUCGUUUCUCUUCAGAACUUUUGAGGCCUUGAGUUCUAUAUUCCAGAGUUUUCUGUUUUCCAUUCCGUCUCCUAUCAAGAGGGCUAAUUGUGAUGAUUUGCUCGAGAUUGUCCUAUGGCUGCUGUUAAGUCUUAAUAUUACUAUGUGAGAACAAAUAAACUGUAACAUUCUACCAUUCCAGAGAACACAAAAAUAGUUUUAUCAGACCCUAUACUUCAUGUUUUGAGAAUAAUACUACUUCUAUGAGUAACAUUGUUGAUUAGUUAUACUUUAGCAGAACAAGUGUCAAAAGAAGCCGAACUUCAUCCCAACUGCCGUUUAGAUAAGUUACCACUUCUUGUCACUUUGACAUUCCAAGUUCAUAUUACGGUCUGUUCAAGAGCACUGAUUCGAUAACCGUGGUUCAACCACAACCGUUCAAGCCGUAAACUCAAGCUAAGCUAUCCAGCUGUCUGCAACAAAUAACACGACAGGAGCAACUUUUUACCAGAUGAAGAUGACAAUGAUUAGGGAUAAAAUAACCCCUGACCCUGAUAUCACAACUUUUUACCAGAUGAAGAUGACAAUGAUUAGGGAUAAAAUAACCCCUAACCCUGAUAUCACUGCCUCUCAUUGGUCGGAUUGCUGUUCCGAGGUCACCACAGGAACAGUUAGUCAUUUCCUGUUUCCCCCUCAGUUUAGUGCCUGUCUAUGUUUGGAAUGUCGUCAAGGGAGUUCUACAGGAUAGCCUUCUGUUUCUGGGCUCUUAUAGGACAAUGAUAUCUGAGAAUACAGUAUAAAGCUAAAGUAUAUAUGUAUAAAAAAAAAAAAUGAAAUUGGUUCUAGGCUAUUGUGAAUAGAAAUCUGUCGUGGUAAACAAACAGCUGGUGUGGAUCUUUCUCUGUUCACAAGAGACCGGUAGCAUCUCUAUGUGGAUUCUGUGGGAAAAAAUAUAAAGCACUUAGUUGAUGAAGAUGAACCAUUAAGAAAUAUUCAUAUGAAUGAAAAGAGGUCAAGGUGAAAGGUCAAUAAGUGAAAAGGGAGGUUAAAGGUCAGAGGUCAGCAUUUACAGCGUGUUCAGAGUCAGACGUGGGCUAACGGUUAUUGCUACAUUAUCGUGGUGGCCGACGGACCAUUAAACAAGCAGAAACAAAGCAAAAGUCUGUUUGGGAGACACAGGACCUACAGACGGACAGUGCAUCCUGAGUACAAUCAGCUGGCACGUCUGGUCAGGUGACCAAGACUCCACGACCGUGUCGCACUCUUUCCUUCCAUUCCUUUUAUGAGGAAAAUAACAGAAACACAAGGGGAAGGAAAAAUGGAUGAGAGAAAAGGGUGAGUUCCCUCACAGAGCGGAGGACUCAAGAAAGCAAACUGUUGUAGUCUUGGGGUAUGCCGUCUUUUAGAUGACUAGAUUUCUGUCUUUCUUUUUUUUUGAGUGAAGAAGAACGGGAAAAAAGAGUAAGCAUUAAAAACAUUAACAAAUCCAUAGAUACAUCCCAGUAGAAUAUGUGUAGCUUUUGUAAAGACAAGAAGAUAAGAAAAAAUGAAAAAAUCACUUUCUAUGUUUAUUUUCAUUUCAAGAAGAGAAGCUUACAGAGAAGGUUAUGCAUAUAGUGUAGGUAAUGCUAAAAAAAAACUAUAAGGCUUGUUGUGAGGAAAAGACUAGUCGGAAUGUCAUGUCUAUAAAGAGCACUGUGCAAGGUUUAUAAUUUCCCAAAGUAGUUGUUUUUAUUUUGACUAUCGAUGGAACAAACUUUUUUUUUAACGGAAAUGUAAGGUGUCACUUUCUGUUGGAGUGUGAAGCUGCAGUUUCAAUCCUCUCGCCCAAUCAAUCAAUCAAUCAAUCAAUCAAUCAAUCUAUAAUCCAAUCAAAACAUGAUCAUUGUAUUAUUAAGUGCUUGGAUGACACUCAAGUUGACAUCACAACAUAUCAAAAUAUUUAUCUCUGCCAAAUUUUGAUUAUUCAAUUUGUAAUAUAGCCACAGUAUUGGUUUAGCGCAUCAUACUACACACAGUAUGUUUUGCACACAGUGAACAAGCAAAUAUUUGAUCAUAAAAACAACGAAAUAAACUACUUACGAUUGUAAACGUCACUAAAUUAUUUGAUUGGAUAAGUCUUGCCUUCUUGCCCUCCUAACCACAUUGGUUGACAGCGAGAGCUUGGGAUUGGAACCUAACCCCAUUAGUUGUAGGCGAGAGUUUUGGGAUUGGAACCUAACCCCAUUGGUUGUAGGCGAGAGUUUGGGAUUGGAACCACAGCCUUACUUUUGGUUUACGUGCAUAAUGUGUUUUUACUUCUAUCCUUAUUAGUGCACCUUAUAUGAGUUUAGCAGUUCCCUAAGUGGUGUUUUCUUAAAGACUUAGGUUGCACCCGUAAUGACACCCUAUUCCCUAUAUGGUUCACUACUUUUGACCAGGACGAUUCCCAUAUAGGCCCUGGUCAAAAGUAGUGCUAUGUGCCCUGGUCAAACGUAGUGCUAUGGGCCCUGGUCAAAAGUAGUGCACUACUUAGGGAAUAGGGUGCCCUUUGGGACAAUAACCUGUAGUGUCAAUGCCACCGUGCCUUCUGUGUCAAGCACUUCCUGGAGUUGGUAUUUUGUAAGCUCACCAAAAGCACUUAGCCCACAUCUCUCUUUCCCCUAGUAUAUCACCUAUUUAUUCACCUCAUUCUUUUUGACUUAUUUUAUCCUUUCCUUGUCUGUCACUCCAACUUCGCAGGGGCCAAGUGGGUUGUUGUCUUAUUUGAACAAUUUCUUACCAACAGACAUAAUAUCACUUGGAGGUAAUAUUGCUAGCAUCGCUAGUAGCCCCAGUGUAGGAAACAAGGUUGAUUUCAGCUAACCCUUGGCAAACCAAAGCCCCAGUUUUAUGGAUAAAUCUUUAGAAUUAGGUGCCAAAACCUGUCCAUGGGGACACUAAACACGUUAAAUUAAGAUAAUAUAAUUCAAUGGUAUUAUCAAGAUAUUAUAUUGUCAUUCUCUUGAUCCUUUUAAUGUAUGUGUACAACUCUCUUUUCUUCUUUCUCAACUCCCUAACCUCUCUCUCUUCUUCCUUUCUUCCAUAACCCCUCUCUCUCUCUCUCUCUCUCCCUCUCUUCCGUAACCUGGCACCAUUAGAAGGUGAUGAUGUGUACUAUCUGGUAUUGAGGCCUUUUAUUCUUAGAUUUGUAUUUUCAAUUUGUGUGAUGUUCGUACAUUCGUUCAUUCGAUGCCCGAUGAGAUGGAGUAACGCUAUUCUUCUUCUUUUUAAAAUGAUUAUUAUUGUUUUGGCAUUAUUAAGGAGAAGAAGAAGAAGAAGAAGAAGAAGGGGGGAAAAAAAGAAAAAAAAUGUCUUGUUGAAUGUUGUACAGAUAGCACUAGAGAUGUGUUUUUAAUAAGAGAGCGCAAACCCAAGCUCUAGUCCCGCCCACUCCUCCCUCUCAUUGGCAGAUAGGACAAGUGACUUGCCAAGGAUAGUACAAGUGACCCGCCAAUCAGUUAAAUGAACUGCCCUCCAACUGACAAACAUGUUCGAUCCAGUGAACGUAAACUACAUCAUCAUCUUAAAUUACCCACAGAAUAUGUCAUAAUAUGUGAAAAUGUGAAUGUCCCAGACAGUCAAUGGUUAAUCUGAAAUAUUUCCUAAAUUGCUUCUGGCAAGGAAGCUCUCUGAAAUAUGCUAGAAAUCUUUUAACCGGGGGCCUAACCAUAUUGUUGACCCUUCAUUUCCUAGUUUCACAUGCAUUUUGAAGAAGUGCAGAUGUUAGAGUACUGUUGCAGUGUGUGUGACUGACAUAGGUCAUAGGGCCCUUGUCAAACGUAGUGCACUAUAUAGGGAAUCGGGUGCCAUUUGGAACAAAGCCACUGUCUGUUGGAGAGGUGGAAGGGAGUGCUGGGUUUGGGCUCUCGUGUAGAUGACUGCCAUUGCAGUGAGGGAAAAACUGACCUAACCUAACAUAGUAGUGACUAAUAUGAGUUUGUGGACAGAUUUUUAAAAAACAACAACACACACAUUAGAGAUAAAUUAAUAAAUGCAAACGAAGGAAAGAAAA